UACCGGUUAUCUUUACCCCAGUAUUCUAUACGGAACUCUGACGAGAGCCUGUCCCGCCGGAGUGACGCUUAUUCUCUUUCCCUUUUCCAAACCCUCCAUAAAAGCCAACUUUAACCUUUUGGACUUACCGGCGCUGGCAGGAAACUGCCUGAACGAUAGGAUGAGUCAACUAUCAAGUUUAAGCUCAAUUAAGGUCGGGGUCGACCUUGGAACGACAUAUUCUGGUGUUGCUUGGGUAAUUUGGGCUGCUCCGUUGAUGCACAUGCUCUUUAAUCUUUGGAACUAAUCCGAUAGGCCCUCACCUCUACUCCUGACGAGAUCAAUGUCAUUGAUAGAUGGGUCGCCAAGGUAAUUUUGAAUGCACCAUCCUCCAUUGGAUCCCAAGCCCUUACGUGUUUAUAGGGAGGCAGGACAUCAGCAAAAGCGCCGAGCGAGAUAGCAUACACGCCGUCAGGGGUGAAGUGGGGAUUCGGAAUUCCUAAUGAAGUGCCAAGGCUCGCUUUGUUUGAGCUUCUCCUGGAUCCUACGAAAUAUUCUCUUGCCACCUCUACCAAUACACCCUUAGCGGGGACAAAUCACUUGAUACCCCCCGGGAAGAAGCUAGUCGAUGUUGUGACUGAUUACCUGUCCGAGUUAUACAAACACACUAUCAAACAUCUGAAGGGGGCCCUCGGAGAAGAUUUGGUCGAAUUCUCACCCCUCGAUUUUACCUUCAUAGUUCCUGCGGUAACGUGUCCGUUGUCAUCGAUAGCUUGCGGUUCCCGUCAAACUUAUUUGUCCCACAGGUAUGGAGCGAUGCAGCAAAGAACCUUACCCUCCAAGCGGCCGAGAAUGCGGGGUUCGGCAGAAAGAAAUCCAUUCGUUUAAUUUCAGAGCCGGAGGCAGCAGCAGUUUGUUGCUUGAAGGAAAUGCAGCCUAAUAAUCUCAAUGUACGCCCCAAAUGAUGAUUUUCUUGAUUUUUUUUUGAUUCUUGAUGGAGGGGGGCCACUAAUGAGCGUUAUUAGGUUGGAGAUGCUUUCGUCGUCGCGGAUUGUGGUAGUCGGACGGUGGUAAGUACAGAAUACAUAUUUUCCUAUGAGUGCUCCGAGAGUAUCAUAUAGGGGUGACUCAUAGAAUGCAGAAUGUCAUAUCUUAUACCAUCACGAGAAAAGCUCCGAAAUUGGAGGCGGUGGAAUGUGUUGAAGGUGCGGGAGCGAUGUGUGGGUCAGCCGUCCUGAACGAAUGCUUCGAAAAAUUGGUCAGAGAUCGUAUUGGCACCAGGCAAGUACCAGAGCCUUCUCCUGGGUCAUGUGGAUAACAGAGCUUCCCAGAUUCGAUAAGAUGAGCCACAGAGCAAGAGUGUACAUGGUGAAGGAGUUCGAUGAUUGUUUGAAGCGGAACUUUACCGAUUCUGAUGAAGAGGACAUUUUCACAUGCCGCAUACCCGGUGUAGCAGAUGACAGCGAAGCAGGUAUAAAGGAUGGAAUGUUUGUCAUAGAUCGAGAGGAGAUGAGGGAAAUAUUCGAUCCAACAGUGGAGGAGAUCGUUGAAUUGGUACAAAAACAGGUCGAUGAAGUUGAGAAAUUGGUGGUAGGAAAUGAUACAGUGAGCUUUUUGUGGACCACUGCAGCUAAUUCUCUUCUUACAGGCAAUCACUCCGCUACCAGAUGAGGGGCUAUAUCCCGAUGCAUUUUCCUCAAUAAUUUUUCCUCGCGGGAGGCGCCGAGCCAAAUCUUUGGUUCUGAUUGGGGGAUUCGGCGAAUCCGAAUAUCUGCGUAGCCGGCUCCAGGCUGAGAUCAGGACAAAUGAUGACAGGAAAAUAUCAAUUCUGCAACCAUCUAUGGCGUAAGUUAACUUAAUGGGGCACCUCCUUCCCCGCGCCCUUCUAUACUAAUAGAAGGCAGUUGGAGUGCUGCGGUCCGGGGUGCUGUGAUGUGCGGACUCGAGGGAGAAAUGGUUCGUGUUCGCAAGGUUACCAGCAGCUAUGGCUACUCGUGCAGCGUCCCGUUCAUAGAGGGGAUUCAUCCCAAGAUAGAUGGCUAUAUCGAUCCCCACGAUGGAGAGUGCAUGUGUAUGAGGCGGAUGCACUGGUUUAUCAGAAAGGUGAAAAAAUAAGCCACUAUCCACCCUUUGUGUUAUUGUGUUGUAACACAGUUUAGGGCGAGGAUGUCGAAGACAACAACCCCAUUAGACACACAUUUUAUAUCUGUCGUAGUUCGCUUGACGAGCUCAACGAUAGAAUCACGGUUCCACUUUUGGCAAGUGAUUCUUCGAACCCUUCCCGCACCAGCAGAUCAUCCGGUAAGUCAUCCAAACCGCAUCUCAUGGAGGUAUCCACUAAUUCUGGCCCAUCUUGUAGAUAUAUACCCUUAUUGCACCCUCGAAGUGGACCUCAGUGUGAUCCCUGAGAAGUUUAAAAGGAAAAUCGGAAUCAACGACCAAUUCUAUUUUAGGCUUGGAUUUGACCUAUUGAUCAGUAUUCAAUCAGCUUCUAUGCUUUUUCAAUUUGAUAUUGAUGGGACCGUGUACAGUGACGUGAAGGCGUGCUAUCAU